CUCUUUUUUCUCUCAUCAAGAAAGGAUUAUGUAUACGUAAGAAUAAUACAAUAAAAAAAAAAGGACAAUGUUGUAUAAUGGUGAAUAUUCAAAUCCAACGAAUCCUCGGUGGAAGUUUAGUAGUCAAGAAUGGAUAGGUAUUUCAAGCGCUGGACUUGUUGCUGCUGCUAUAUCAUUUGCGGCCAACUCAUGUGUUUUGAUUGUCCAUGGAUUCAUGAGUUGGUAUCGACCUGUGAUUGUCAAUAGACUAUCAUUACGCAUGAUUGUCGCUUCGUGCAUAUGCAACAUGCUUUACUGUGCUUCUCAAUUGGUUACCGAUAGAAUAUCUAGCCUGUCUUAUUCGUGUCGUGCCCUUGCCUAUGUCACAACCGUGUCAGAUACCAUGGCAUGUAUGUGUUUGGCUAUGGUGGGGCUUAAUUUGCUUUGUCUGGUGUCAUUGUGAG